GGAGUUGUUAUUUGGCCCUACAACUUCCAACUUGAUGAGAAUGAUAACAACGAUGACAUACAGACAUCUCUAAAUAUUCAUUAAUUGCAAUGUGUUUAAAGAUAGGAUGUGAUGGAAAAUAACAUUUGUUUUUCGUUGUUGGUAGACAGUCUUGGUAAUCGUGCACACCAGCGGGUUUCGCCGAUCUGUGCUUCAAAAAGUCGACAUCAAAGACUGUGCAAAAGUGUAAGUUACUUAUCUUUUCGCUGAGCUUAUUGACCAAAAGCAGCGAUGACAAGUAAACUCUCCCUUGAGCUUGCCACAAGAGAGGAGGCGUUAGUUUGGACUGAAACAGUUCUGUUUGCUUUUACCAAUGUUGUGGCUGUCUUCGGAAAUCUUCUCACUUUUUACGCCGUGUACAGAAACCACAGGCUGCGAACAAUUCCCAACAUGUUCGUGAUAGCUCUGGCUGUGAGCGAUAUUCUGAUGUGUACCUGCUGUAUGCCUUUUACAGUUGUCGCUCUGUUCCAUGGCCGGUGGAUAUUUGGCGAAUCUUACUGUCUCUUUCAAGGUUUUGCCGUGCUGACUUUCGGAAUUGUCGCCAUGGUUACCAUGGGUGUUAUUGCGGUCAACCGAUUCUUCUGCGUUGUAAAACCAGAGAAGUAUCUCUUGUUGUUUAAGAAGCAAAGAGCGUUGAUAUACAUUGUCAUUGUGUGGUGCCUGGCUUUCGCCGGAUCUGUGCCCCCGUUUUUCUUUGAGGGCAAAAAUAGCUUUAAAUUCCAGCCUGGAAAAGCAAUGUGUUUGUACACGUUUGAAAGCAACAUGGCUUACACUGUUACAAUCGAAUGUGUUUACAUCGCAGCACCCUUAACAAUCAUAGCGGUCUCCUAUGUCAAAGUGUUCCGCUCAGUUUCAAGAUCAAAUCGUGUUUUCUGUCCAGGCGUUAACCCCAGUCAACUCCGCGCGAAUGUGGAAGAAGCAAAAGUAACGAAAACUUUAGUAGCAGUUCUGCUUGGCUUCGCGUGCUGCUGGCUUCCUAUCUCAGUCGUGGAUAACGUGGACGCCGCGCGCGGAGAACCCACGAUACCACGACAGGUUUACUUGACGUACGCGUUCUUGGUUUAUCUGAGUAACGCUAUCAACCCAUUCAUUUACGGUAUCAUGAACAGACAGUUCAGGCAAGAGUUCAAGGCCCUUUUGCGCAAGAUUACUUUCUUUCGGCGCCAAAAUGGCAAUAACAACAGCAGCCACAACGUUGAAAGUCAUCCAUAA